AUGCGGCCGCGCAAGACACAGCGCAAGGUCGUGCCGCCUCCCCCCGACGUCGAAGCGCUCAUUGCGCGCCUCAAAGCGGCGUCGGACGAGGAGAUUCCCACCAUCCUCCGCCCACUCCAAAUAUGGUGCUACCCACGCGGGGACAUGCACUCGUGGGUCGACAUCACCAAAAAGUUCAUCGGUAUCCUCACGCGGCUACGUGAUGAGUACGGCCUUGGUCGCGGGUCAAAGACGGCGUUCAAGAUUCAGCUCAAAGCCUUUACGCUCAAAGACAAGGAGCUCAUUCUCGAGAUAUUACGCUUUAUACGCCUGUUGAUGGAGAACAGCACCAGUCGCAAGUUGUUUGAUGGAUACGACGUGAUCAACGACCUGCUGCUUACAACCGACCUCGACGUGCUGGGUUCCGCACUUUACGUCCUCCUGCGGCCUCUACAGCAGUACUCGACCCAGAUGCCAACCGGCGCCGAGCUGGGCAACAGCAUCCGCGCCCGCCUCCUUGCGCUCACACGGGGCUGGGACCGCUUACCCCUGGCUCACUGCAACCUCGUCAAGUACGCGUCGUCACCAGAGCCCAUCGAGCUCCCUGACGCUGUGGCGACGCUGCAGCUGCAGUUCUAUCAGUCUUCUGACCCAUCUGCCGCUCCCGUGCGCGCCGAUCCUGUGAAGUCGACUGCGCCCUCCAACCCCUUGGAAACACCGACUAGACCCACACUGGCGUCUGCGCGUUCCGAGCAGCGCCUGGCUGUCACUCCUGCAGCGAAGGCUAUCGCGCCGGCAGUUGACAGCAGCAGCGUUACCAUCGACCUGGGUAACGUCAUCAAGACAAUGGGUGACGACUAUCUCGACCGUCUCGCCCAAACCGCCGAGGAGAACCGCAUGGACCCCGAUGACCAGCUCGGCGCUCUCAACAGGGUCCGCAUCGUCCUUCUGACCAACGAUCUCGAGACCCGUCGCAAGCUCCUCAGCAACAGGCUCCUCGCGCUUGCGUGCUACCUCUCCUUCGCCGACGAGAAUGAGGUCUCGGCCGAGGUCUUCCUCCGUGAGCCCGAGCUCGUCAACGAGAUCGCGGACCUCCUGGUGCCGGACAACAGUGUCGGCGAUGACGUCGUCGCGUCGGCCAUCCUUGCCUUGGACGCUGCGUCUCACGAGCGGCCGGAUGUCCUCAGCUCCAUCAACGCGCACGUGAGCCACGGCAGAAUCAUGAGCCUGCUGCGCAGCGUCACUGCGAAACUGGUGGCAAACGAGCCCGUAGCGCAUGACACUGUCGACGCGCUCAUCGGCUUCCUCGCCUUCAUCAACUCGCUGCCUUCGCACGGCAACCAGCUCAUUGGUGCAGGGUUACUCCCGUUGCUCAUUGAAAUGCUCGACACCAAGGGUGACCGCCGUGCGCAGUACAUUCCGCGCGCUUGCGGCCUUAUUGACUCCGCGUACUUCACCCACCAGCAGGCGCUGCAGGCGUUUAUGAACGCCGAUGGCCUAAACGCCUUGGUUGGCAGGAUUAAGGCGGAGGUGCAGAUGGUCGCUGAGGCCCCGCUCCCCGAAGACACUGAGCUCUUCAACCGCGACUCACUUAUCGCAUACAACACAAGCCCAGUCAAGGCCGAGCUACGCUCCAUCUACCGCAUGCUCCAGAGCACUGGUGGCUCGGAGGGCUUCCGCAACGUCGUCGACACGGACCUGCCAAAGUCGCUGAAGCGCAUCAUGACCAACAGCGACAAGUUUGGUAUGCGCAACUUCAGCCUGGCCAUCAACAUCAUGGCAACUAUCGUGCAUAACGAGCCCACCUCGCUCGGCAUCCUGCAAGAGGCGAAGUUGCCCCAGACCCUCUACGAGGUGCUCGAGGAGAAGAUGCCCGACGCGUUCGAGGUCGUCUAUACGCUUCCCAACGCCAUUGGGGCCAUCUGUCUCAAUGCGGCCGGCCUGGAAGACACCAUCAAGCACUUCCGCGUCGUCGAGAACCUCAUCCGCGUUGCCAUCACGUGGAACUCGGACGACUUUGUUGAGCGCGACACCGUGCACACCAUUGCUCAGGCGAUUGACGAGCUGGUGCGUCACCACCCCACACUCCGUCCUCACGUCCGGGGAGCGGUUGUCGGGUUGCUGAAGGAGGCAAUCGCGGAAGGUAAUGCCUUCAAGCCCACUGCCAAGGAGGUGAACGACUACGCCGUUGACCCCAACGACGUCGCUCCCGAGAUGGAAGUCGAUUCGGACAUCAAGGACGACAAGGACAAGGACAAAGAGUUCAUUACCAACGCACCACUCGCCAAGCUAACCAAUGUCUUGAAGCUGUUAUCUGUGCUCCUGCGCAACAACAACAUGUGCAAAGAGUUUAUCCGCCAAGACAACGGUCUGGAACUCCUCCUCAGCAUCGCCCAGCUUUCCUGUAUCCCGGUCCGUUUUUCUGGCACUGAGAUCGCCGUGGCGCUCCCCAGUGUCAUGCGUACCAUCAGCGAACACGACCAGAUGCUGCUGAGCGAGACCCUGGUUUCGUGCAUUCAGCGCGAGCUUGACGAGAUCCCCGAGUUAUGGAAGAACGGGGCCGACUGUCACAACGCCUGGCUCAGCAUGACCAAGGCCGAGGACGGCACCGCGGUCGACUACGCCCGUCUGCGGCGCGUUGCCGCCUUGGCGCUUCUGUUCUCGUCGUUGAGCGACUAUCUGAGCGUUAGCAUGAGCCAGCCGCGUGCCAUCACACAGUUAAUCAAGGUCUUUGGCGUCACCUCCGGCUCGACCUUCAUGACCGACGUUGGCCAGCUUCACCGCCAGUGCUUCAUUGAGCACGUCCUUUUCAAAGACGUCGGUGUGGAGGAGGAGGAGAGGUCAGAGUCUACGAAGGAGACCGAAGCCGCUCCCGCUGCCGAGGGCUCUGGGCCUUCAGCUGCCGCUGUCGAAGCAGCCGCUGACGCCGCGCCUGCCGAGGCUGCGGCGCAGACAACGGCCCCAUCUGUCGAGCUCCAAACUCUUGACAAGCGCCCUCCCACGCGUGUGGUGACCGUCAAGACGAUCGUCACGCGCAUGCACGCGAUCCUGACUCGCUUCUUCAAGUCUGCAAUUCGACUGAUCUUCAACAAGCGCUUGCCCGAGCCUGCGCACAAGACCGAGGCGGCUGCUCUCGCCAACUGCAUCGCCGAGAUUCUUAUCGGACAUUUGAAAGCGUCUGCACAGGUCCCUCAGAAGCAGUACGCGAUUGACACUGUGUCUCUCGGAUUGACUACCAUCCUCCUGUUUGACGAGCGCGGCGCGGACGGCAGCCUCUGCACAACGUUAUUCAUCCCCUUCGACCACAAGGGCGGCAUGGGCGUCAUGUUGGACAACGUGCGUCGCUUGAUCCACGGCAUGGACAAGUUCCCCACUGCCUCUGCAGAGGAACAGACCCAGCAGCAGAAGGACGAAGUGGCGCAGCUCGUGCAGGGUAUGCGAAUCGCCACCUCUGUGCUCGCUGCCUACGCGUCCCCUCGCUCGCUUGUCGGGAGCAGUCAGACGCACGCCAUUCGACAGCGCGAACAGAGUCUCCCUGUCAAUCAGCGCUUCGACCCCUUCAACACCUUCGUCCGCAUCCGCCGCGACCUUCUCCCGGUGGUGCAGAAGGUAUUCAUGGCAGAGUGGCUCACGCGCCUGCCGCUUCACAUCAUGCGCAACGCCAUCUCGACGUUCUUCGAGAUCUUGGCCGGUAAGGACGAGGAGAUGGAGGUUACUAUCGCCAUGCCCGAACCCGCCUCGCCGUUGAUCCGCGAAAUCUUACAGCCGCGGCCGCCACCCACCGCCAGCCCCGCAGCUGUCACUCAGUUGGUCGAGAUGGGCUUCUCACGCCGUGCGGCUGAGCGCGCUCUCAUUCGUGCCCGCAACAACAUUGCUUCCGCGGCUGACUUCCUCAUCUCGAUGCCCCACCUCUUCCCCGACGAGCCCGAAGAUGCUCAGCCAGCCCAGGCUGCGGAGGGUGCCCCAGCAGUUGCGGACGCCGACGCCCCAGCACCACCUGCUGCCGGUGACGCGCCCGCUGCAGGUGACGCGCCGGCGGCCGGAGGCGAGCCCGCUGCGGAGGCCGGACCAGACGACGCACAACCGGCUGCUGACGCCGAGCCCACUCCGGUUACUGCCGACAACGAGGCAGAGGGAGACAUGGAGGUUGACGAGGCCGACCAGGCACCCAGCCCGACCACGAUGUGGGAAGGCCAACGUGAGGAGCUGGACAAGCUUCGUGCGGUGGCCAAGGAGGACGUCAAGGACCGGUCCAUUCAGCUGCUUGACGCGAACGAAGAGCUAGUUCACGACGUUCUUCCCGCGUUCGGUUUUGGCUUAGAGGGAGUUACGAGCAUCCUCGUUUGUCUGGACGAGGCUGUCAAGGAGUCCCCUCAGCGCCCUGCCGCCCUCUCUUCACGCUUGCGUCUGUUGGCCGUGUUUGCUCGCUCAAAGGGUCCCAUCGAUCUCCCGGCCGAGCAGUGCCAGCAUCUCAAGUCAGUCCUUGAGAGUCUUGUCUCUCCCAACGAGCCCCGACCCACCUUCCUUGCGUCAUACCUGGUUGCCGCUGAGUCUCUGCUGCUCAUGUCGCGGACCAUCGCCGAGGCCAAGCUCGGCGACGAGGCUCAGCAGGACCUCGUGAAGCGCGUUGAUCUCGGCAACUUUGGCGACUUCCUCAUCGCGCUAUGCCAAUCCACUCUGGCUUCCGACGAAUUGUCGCGCGAGGAGGUUAUGGGCAGCCUCCGCCUGGCUGUAAUCCUCACGCGUCACAGGCAGGACUGGGUUACCACCGACCUCCUGCAGCAGAUUGUCAAGCACUUCAAGAAGCCCGACUCCAAGAUUACCGGCAGCUACGGCUACUUUGCCAUGCUCACCCGUCACGGGUUCGACUCGAAGACCUGUAUUCAGGACACGAUGCGUAGAGAGAUCACCGAAUGGAUGACACCGCAUCGCAACAAGGUGUCCGACGUGCAGCACUUCGUCAGACAGCUGCGACAGAUGAUGUACCGCGAUCCGAACACGUUCCUGGACGCGGUUCAGGAAGAGGCGGCGCUCGUCGACCCGGGACCCGCGUCGUCUGUGUACCACCUUCGCGCCAAGGACGACUCGAAGGACAAGGUCGCCGACGCUGAAGCCGAGUCUGCGGACAAGGACAAGAAGCCGACUGUCUCCGCUGCAGCGGACCCGUUCAUCAAAUCCGCCUUCGACUCGUUCGAGAACACGCCGACCAUGGACUUCCUCGUGUCAGAGCUCGGCGCGACCAUGCAAAUCAUUCACCAUGAGGAGGCGUCCCGGCGCCCCGGUACGCCUUACUCCGAGACUGCUACGCAGGCGUGGACGUACGUCGGCCUUCUUUUAGCCCAGCUUGUGGAGCUAACUGGCUCGUACAUGUCGGCCAAGACCUCGUUCAUGGCCGCUGUCCGCCAGGGCACAAUCUACGGCAGGGGCAAGGGCAAGGCCGGCUUCUCUGCUGUGCUCACCGACCUUGUGUGCGGUGUCACUCUCAGCGACGUGCAGGAGAGCGGCGGUCGCGAGACUCAUGAUGUCCGCAGAGUUACCGUGUGCAGCUGGGCCACGUCCCUCAUAACUGCACUCUGCGCGAACUUGACUCCCGAAAGCAAGGACGUGGCGGACGACCUUGUGACCGUCCGCAAUAUUGUUCUUGACGGCAUCGCCAAGGCACUUAAGGACAGCACUUCCCCACACCUCGAGGCCAACAUUCGGUACGGCCGCCUCUGGGCACUUGGACAGCUCAUUCGGCGCCUUCUCUCACAGAGAACCGGCGUGAUCCCCAAGCCAAGCGACAAGACUUGCCUGCAGCUGGCCAAGGGCAUGGUCGAGAAGAACUUUGUCGGUCUCAUAACCACGACUCUGUCAGACAUCGACCUCAACUACCCUGACGUCCGCAACGUCUUAGAGUCCCUCUUAAAGGCACUUGAGCAUCUCACCCGAGUCUCCAACAAGUGGGGCAAGGCCGAGAAUAAGCCUACUACAGGCGAAGAGGUUGAGGACGACGAGGACGAGAGCGAGUCGGCCACUCCUUCCGAGGACGACGAGGACGUGUCGAUGGCCAUGUCGGAGGAAGAGGAGGCGGACCCACCAGACUUGUACCGCAACUCGGCGCUCGGCAUCCUCGGUGGCGACUUUGACGUCGAUGACGAGGAUGAUGACAUGGACGACGACAUGGAGGACGACGACGAUCUCAUGGAGGUGUAUGACGAUGAGAUGGACCACGACAUGGACGACGAUGUUGACACGGAACCGUCUUCUGACGAGGACGAUGACGACGACAUUGACGGGCAUGGGUCCGUCAUGGAGGGUGACUGGACGACCGACGAGGAGGAAGAGGGUGACGAGGUUGACGACGAGGAAGCAGACCACGUGAUCGACGUCGGUGACGGGUUGGAGGAUGUUGACGUGGACGACGAGGCCGGUGUCCCCUGGAACGACGCUGACGUUCUCACGGACGGCGAGGAAGGCGAAGGCUUCGACUCUGAAGACGAGGAGGGCUUCAUGCACGCCGACCACUUCGGUGGUGUCGACUUCGACGCCGAGGAGGAGGCGAUGGAGGACUUUGACGACGAGGAGGGCUAUGAUGAGAUCGACAUGGACCCCUUAGCAGCCAGCCACCCAGCUGGCGGACCCAGCUUGGGCGACGGCGGCGGUUUCUGGGGCUGGACCGAACCCGCGCGCCCCUCUGACGGGCUAGGCGGCCGUAAUCGGUCCCUGCUCGACAUGGACGCCGCAGCGUCCUCAUUAUUCGGCUUCUCAUCACGUAACGCCCGCACCGAUAACUCGCAGCACCCGUUGCUCUCUCAAGUGCGACAGCAGAGCACGAUCAGGCCCAACAACCCUUUCGGACCCUUGUCCAGUCUCUCUGAACUGCUGGCCAGUAUCGAGAGCUUCGCAGGCCAGCAGGCUGUCGCUUUCGUUGAGAACAUCCUACAGCGCAACCGCAACCACGGUGCAGAGCGCAUCCGCGUUGAUCUCGCCCACAGACAGGAUGGCAGCUUCGGCUUGUCGAUUGGGGGCCAGUCGUUCACUGUUCCGCCGCCCACGCGUCAGCUACCUAACACCGCAGAGGAGAUCCAGUACGAGUUCGAGCCGCGCCCGACUAUGCACCGCUGGCAGGAGGAGAUGGCCCUCUUCCCGUACACCUCGCCAGAGCAGAUCUGCCGGAUCGUCCUCCACAUCAUCAACCGCCUUCUCCCCGCCGCUCGUGAGGCCUCGGCUCGCGAGACUGAGCGUCUCCGCAAGGAGGAAGAAGAGGAGUCAGAGCGCCUCCGCAAGGAGGAGGAGGAGGCUGCGGCUGAGGCCGCGAAGAAGCGCGAGGAGGAGCAGGCACAGGCGGCUUUGGUUGCCUUACCUGAAUCAAGGCCGGAGACCUCCCAAGGGGAGGUCAUUGACCAGGACGUUGACAUGGGUGCGUUAUCAUCCGUGAACAUGGCUGACUCUGCAGAGUCCGACGCUGGGGAUGAAGACAGUGACGCGGAAGAAGGUGACGCUCCCGAGGACUUGGACCGCGUCACCAUCACUAUCCACGGACAGGAGAUCGACAUCACAGACACUGGUAUCGACCUGGAAUUCCUACAGGCGCUGCCCGAGAGCUUGCGUGCGGAGGUCGUCGAACACCAUCUACGUGAACAGAACUUGCUGAUGCCCGGCGAGGCGGCGAACGUGCCUGAGUCGUCACACAUCCACUCCGAGUUCUUAGAAGCGCUGCCACCCGAUAUCCGCCGCGAGCUGAUGGAGGAGCAGUCGCGUCGCCCGCCUCCACCUGUCCAGCAGAGCGCUACUGAGCCUGAGGCGGGUAGUAGCGGCGGUGUUGCCUCGGGCACCAUCCGCGACCUCGAGACCGAGAUUCGCGGAACGUUGCGCGGCGACGACUUGCGCGACAUGCUUGCGCACACGAUCGGCCUUCCCCCGGGGUGGACCCGCAAAACACCCCCCAAGAAGAUCACCGGACCAACCACGACUACCACUGAGCGCAAGCCUCUGCAGCUCUUGGACAAGCCCGGCAUCUGGGCGCUUCUCCGCCUACUCUUCGUCCGCGCUCCACUGCGCGAGGACUACCUCUUCAAAACCCUCGUACACCUGUGCGAGAACGUCGAGACGCGCACCGAGUUACUCAACACGCUGCUGAGCCUCGUGCAAGACGGCACUGGCGACCUGCCAGCUGUCGACCGCAGCUUCCAACAGAUGUCACUGCGCGGGCUGACUACUACCCCCAAGACGCAUGCGACGCAUGCGACGCCGAGCGGCAAGGCAAUCGAGGCGCCCGGCCCGGCCACCACGAGUCUCUUUGCGGACCUCCAGCCAGAGCACGUCCCGACGUUCAUCGCGCAGCGGUGCUUCGAUGCGCUCCAGCACAUUGUCGACCACAACCGGCAGGCGGUGAGCUACUUCCUUACCGAGCACGAGUUACCGGUUGGCCUCAAGAAGCACUCGAAGAAGGGAAAGGGCAAGGAGAAGUUCCUUCCCCAAAAGCAGUUCCCGAUCGUCGUCCUCAUGAGCUUGCUCGACCGCACCGAGCUGCUCAAGGCACCCGGCAUGAUCGAGGGCCUUACCACCCUCCUCGCGGCCCUCACCAAACCCCUCACUGCACUGCAGAGCUGGCGCAACCGGGUUGAGAAGGAGCAGUCCAAGCCCGACAAGCCUGCCGAUGGUGAGGAGCAGCCUGCUGCCACCAUUUCUGGCACCGACGCGGCUCCUGCCGCUGACGUGAGUGCGCCUGUGGAUGAGACGAAACCAACCGAGUGGAAGAUGGAACGACCCAUGUUCCCGCCCGCCAUUCUCCGCCUCGUCAUCAACGGCUUAACCAUCGGCGACCAGACGAGCAGAACAUUCACUUCGACGCUCUUGAUCAUGCAGCACCUUUCGAGCAUCCCCGACGCAAAGCAGGUGCUUGUGCAGGAGCUGUACACGCGCUCGCAGCAGCUCGGGACCGUCAUCUUGGGCGAGCUCGAAAAGCUCGGCAAGACACUUGAGGACAAGAAGUACGAGUCCAAUUCGAUGGACAUGGUCGACUUCUCAGCACACAGCUCGAGUCAGACGCAACUGUUGCGCCUCUUGAAGACGAUCGACUACCUGCACUCACCCAAGUCCACCUCGGGCAGAACGGAAGACCCUGCUGCGGCGAAAGCGGCGCGCGAGCUGUACCAGUCGUUUGACUUCGGGCCAUUGUGGAAGCAGCUCGGCGACUGUCUCACGCUUGCCGAGUCACGUGGCAGCACCGACCAGAUCGCGUCGAUGCUUCUGCCACUGGUCGAGUCGCUCAUGGUCGUGUGCAAGUACACCCGGCCACCUGGACAGCCCAACCCCGCUGAUGUCGUUUCGCCAGCCCUUUCGCCGACGAUGGCCGCUCAGUCGAGCGACCUGUUCCUCUCCUUCACCACCGCGCACCGCAAGGUGCUCAACUCGAUUGUACGCAGCAACCCUUCGCUCCUCAGUGGUUCAUUCUCGUUACUUGUUCAGAACCCGCGCGUGCUCGAGUUUGACAACAAGCGCAGCUGGUUCUUCCAGAGGCUAAAGCGCAAGCGCAGCGAGCAGCAGGCGUUCCACCAGCUUCAGCUCAACGUGCGCCGCCGGUAUGUCUUCCAGGAUUCGUUCCAAGCGCUGUUGCACCGCGCGGGCGACGAGGUCAAGUACGGCAAAAUCAACGUCAAGUUUAUCAACGAGGACGGCGUCGACGCUGGUGGUGUCACUCGCGAGUGGUACCACGUGCUCGCGCAACAGAUCUUCGACGCAAACUAUGCCCUUUUCGAGCCAUGUGCGGCCGACAAGCAGACGUACCAGCCGAACAAGCACUCAAGCGUAAACCCGGACCACUUAUCGUACUUCAAGUUUGUUGGGCGUGUGAUCGGCAAGGCUAUCUACGACGGGCGUUUACUCGACGCUUAUUUCAACCGCGCGUUCUACAAGCAGAUUCUCGGACGCGGGUGCGACGUUCGCGACCUCGAGGCCAUCGACCCCGAGUACCAUAAAUCGCUGCAGUGGAUGCUGGAGAACGACAUCACCGACGUCAUCGACCAGGAGUUUACGAUCGAGGACGAGUCGUUCGGUGCCAAGCAGAUCGUCGAGCUCAAGCCCGGCGGGUCUACUACCCCAGUCACUGAGGCUAACAAGGAAGAAUACGUUCGUCUCGUGUGCGCGUACCGCCUCGAGAACAGUGUCAAGGAGCAGAUGGCGGCCUUCCUCACUGGCUUCUACGAGAUGAUCCCGCGUGAGCUGGUGCAGAUCUUCGAACCCGAGCAGCUUGAGCUCCUCAUCUCGGGUGUCAACACGUUCGACGUCGACGAGCUCAAGAACAGCACGCAGAUGGCCGGGUGGAAGAGCACCGACGUAGAGGUCUCGUGGUUCUGGCGCGCGCUCCGCAGCUUCUCUCAGGAGGAGCGCGCACGCUUCCUCAUCUUCGUCACGGCAUCGUCGCGUGUGCCACUCGGCGGAUUCGAGAAGCUACAGGGCGCGAGUGGGACGCAACCGUUCCAGAUCCAGCGCUUGUAUGGCAAGGUGGGGAUCCUCCCACAGGCGAGUACUUGCUUCAACCUCCUCCUCUUGCCGCAGUACGAGAGCUACGAGCAGCUGCGCGAACGUCUAUUGUUCGCGGUCACAGAGACGGAGGGCUUUGGCAAGGCGUAA